AUGGUGCUGCUGAUAGACCGGUGUUGUAUUACAAUACAAACCAGAAUUCCUGUUUCACAACUCCCCCUGUGGGUUUUAAGGAGGGCCGGGGCGGCGCUCCCCCAGUGCGAGCGCGGCGUGGGCACGGAGCGGGCACGGAGCGCAGGGCACGGGCUGCGGAGCACCGCGGGCCGGCUCCAGGGCAGCCGCAGCCUCCGCGGGCCCGCACCGGGCACAGCCGCCGGGAUUCUGCGGGCAAAGGACCCCGCCGGAGCUGCACGGACAUGGGAACAGACAAGAAAGGCAAUGCCCCCCAUGCCAAGGAGAACAGCACCUCCUGAAGGGUCUGAUCCUACUCCUGGGCACUGCCUGGGGGAGAGCCAGGCCCUCCCAGCCCCAGCACAGCUGCCGGUGCCUCUGCUCAGCACGGGGGACACACCUGUGCAGGACUCAGCCUCGGAGCGGCUCAAUGGCAGAGGUCCCUACACGAGACCCAAAUCCUCCAGGCCAUCAGACUCCUUCAAGCGGGUCGGGAUCCUCAUCCUGGCCGUGGUGCUCACCCUGGCCUGCCUGGUGGCCAUCGGGUUCCUGGUGAAGAUUUACCUGGACCACCACUACCUGUUCUGCAAGCAGCCCCUGAAGCUGGUGCCGCUGAAGCAGGUGUGCGAUGGGCAUCUGGACUGUCUGCAGGGCGAGGACGAGGCCAACUGUCCCCAGUGGUUCUCCGAGGGGCCACCAGCCUGGGCCCGCGUGUCCAAAGACAGAUCCAUCCUGCAGGUGCUCCAGAGCCACACGGGCACCUGGUCCUGUGUGUGCCAUGACCACUUCACCCCGGCGCUGGCCAGAGCUGCCUGUGAGCAGAUGGGCUACAGCAGCACCCCAACUUUCCAGGGCGUGGAGGUGAGCGCAGGGCAGCCUCUGCCUCCCCGCGAGGUCGUGCUGAGCAAUGGGAGCCUCCAGGUGCUUGAGCCAGGCAGGAAAUGCCUCUCGGGGCUGGUUGUGUCACUCUUUUGUUCCGACUGCGGGCAGAGCGUGCGCACCCCGCGGGUGCUGGGGGGCAGCCCGGCCGCCAUCGAGGCGUGGCCUUGGCAGGUGAGCCUGCAGUACAGGAAGGAGCACAUCUGCGGGGGCAGCAUCAUCGGGCCCGGCUGGGUGCUGACGGCCGCGCACUGCUUCAAGAACAACCCCAUCAUCCAGAGCUGGCGUGUGAAGGCCGGCUCGGACCUGCUGUCGGGCGCUGCCACCAUCGCCGUGGAGAAGGUGUUCCUGGCCGAGGUGACCCCCGCGUCCCCCAAGGACAACGACAUCGCCCUGGUGAAGCUGCGCUCCCCCGUGCACGACUCAGACAGCACCAGGCCCAUCUGCCUGCCCUACUUUGAUGAGGAGCUGGUGCCGGGCACCCCCCUGUGGGUGAUUGGCUGGGGCUACACAGAGGAGCACGGGAAGCUGUCGGAGCGCCUGCAGCAGGCUGAGGUGGAGCUCAUCGACGCGCAGAGCUGUAACCUGGCCGCCUACCACGGCGAUGUCACCGACAGGAUGCUGUGUGCCGGGCUGCCCCAGGGCGGCGUGGACACCUGCCAGGGGGACAGCGGCGGGCCCCUGCUGUACUCGGGAGGGCACUGGCAGGUCGUGGGCAUCGUCAGCUGGGGUCAGGGCUGCGGCACCCCCAGCACACCUGGAGUCUACACCAGCGUCCGUGCCUACCUGGACUGGAUCUACGCCGUGCGCAGGUCAGAGCUCUGA